AUGAUGAGCAAUUAUUUCAAAUAUAGGGUUGAGGCGGGUGAGCUUAUUCCAAGUAUAUGAUUCUAAAGGUGUUGAAAAUUUGAGGAAGAUCUUUCCAAUUCUUUCCUAUUUAUAUUUAGAACUUAAGCUUACAUUUAAACUUUUAAAACUCGAGCUAACUUUUACUUCGUAAAGUAGAAUUCGUGUUUUUUCCCCGACAUCAACAAUGAUGAUGUGAGAUAUAGUUUUGAAAUGAAAUUAGUUUACAAUAUUAUGAAUUCUCAACGAAAUAGCGCAAACUCUCGACUUGGCAUGUCAUCAGUUACAAAUGGAUCCCAUUACCACCUGCAGCCCCAUCAAGGCCAUCACAAUCAGCGACUUGAUCAACAGCCACGGCCAGCCUCACCGCAACGACCCAGUGCCUCGUCUUCUAGUUUGAUUGCAUCUUCAAGAACAAAUAAUUUCAGUAACAACUUAGAGGGUAGAUAUAGAAAUCCAAAGAGAAAAAAUUUUUUCUCUCAAAGAAAAUGGAAUAUUGAUGAAGCUGGCCAAUGUUCUACAAGGAAUAAUAUUGACUUGAACAGUAAUAAUAGCACAGCUAUAACCGUAGCAACAUACAAUAUUCUGUCACAAAACCUCUUGGUGAGACAUCCCGAACUAUAUGAAGGCUGUGAGGAAUAUAAUUUGAAUUGGGUGAACAGAAGAAAACUCAUUUUUGAAGAAAUUGAUAGAUAUCAGCCAGAUAUUCUUUGCUUGCAAGAAGUUCAUCACAUGCAUUAUGAAAUGUGCAUCAACAGUCAAAUGAUUCAAAGAGGCUUUAGAGGUAUUUAUAUGAAAAGGCCUGGAGUAGACAAUGAAGAUGGAUGUGCCAUAUACUACAAGGAAUGCAUCUUCCAAAUGGUUGAUUACCAGAAUAUAAAUUAUCAAGUUUAUGAUGGCAGUUGUGAAACUAGAUCUAAUGUCGGACAGAUUGUCGUUUUGAGGAAUCAUACAGUUAAAAAUAAACAGAAUUCUUACAUCUGUGUAGCUAACACUCAUUUCUUAUAUAAUCCUAAUCGAGGAGAUGUCAAGCUAACACAAGCUUCUAUCAUGUUGGCCGAGUUAGAAAAAUACGCAAACAAAUAUCGCAUUCCAUUUCAGGGGAGCUGGAUCAAAUGUCCUAUAAUUUUUUGUGGGGACUUUAAUCUUCUACCAAACAGCGAUUUGUAUUUAUUUCUGUGUAGAGGCACGCUACAGAUUGAUGGCCUGUACAGCCAUGCAAUUUCUGGCUUAUCAAAAUCAAGGUAUUCACAGGAUUUAUUAGAGAACUGCACAUUUCUGCCAUCUCAAAUAUCCAAAAAAUGCCAAUUCAUCACAAAGCAGAAUAAGUACAAUGCAAAUGAAGAUAAUCCACCAAACAUACUUUCUCAUAAUCUUAGCCUAACAUCUGUUUAUCCACAUGUUGUUAAGGUUUAUGAUAGGACCAACGAGAAUUCCAGUUUCAAGUUGGAAGAUGAAUUUACAUCAAGUCAUUUGAAUGAAAGUCCAAAAAAUCUUGAUUACAUGUUAUAUUCUGUCAUCGACAAAGAAUGUUCAUUUCAUAAUGAUAGGUUGUUAACUAAUGUAAAACAAUUUGGGCCACUGAAGUUGUUAGGCUGGUUUCAAGCACCAACUGCCGCUGAUGAUAUUGGACCUUUGCCAAACGAUUUCAAUGGAUCCGACCACGUCAUGCUUGUCGCCAGGUUCCUGCAUACGACUUGAAAUUUUAUUACAACACUAAUCCUUACCAUCAGAUCACCGUUUUUAAAAUCUAUUCUUGAAUAAACCGUUUUCAAUUCUUUUUAUGUUCAAAUUGUGAUUGUAACAUUUUUAUUAUGGAUUAUUUUAUUCAAAUAAAAAUGUACAAAUAUAAAUAGUCCAAUAAAUUUUGUUACAAUUAUGUUAAAAUGUUCUGUAUAACAUUCUACGAAAGCAUUUAAACUUUCCUUGGAUAUUUUCGUGCUGUACAUUUGUUGUGAGACUGGAGGAUGGGAUGACUUAUUUCUCCUCUAUGUAUUUACGUACAUGAUUCUUUGAAUGAUUGAAUGUAUCUAAUCCAAUAUGAUUUUCGUUCGGGGCAUGUUCAUUGAAAGUUGUCUGAAUAAUUUUUCGUUACCUACCUCCCUCUCUUUGCGGUUUAUAUUUGUAACAAUCUUCCAUUGAAAUAAAUCCAAAGAAUUUAGGCAUUUCGAUUUUUGAACUAUUUGAUUGUUCAACGUUACCUAGGAUUGUUAAUUUUAGUUUUUAAUUGGUUUCGUGCAAAAAUUAAUGUUAUGGGAAUUUAUGAUUACAAAUAGUUUUGUUAUGGAGAUGGUUUAUAUAACUUUUGACACGAAAUGAACUUGGUGCAAAGAAUAUAAAUUCUU